AUGGCCAAAAUGGAACCACGCCGACAUCACCAUCACCAGCAAGAAGAAGACAAUUUAAUGCAGAAGAAUGUACAAACUGAAGUAUCACCAACAACAACAACAUCCUCGUCGUCGUCUCGAAAACUACGUUCUACCACAGUCAAACCAAAAGUCAAUAACGCAGCUUUGUUUGAUUUCGAUAAUGUGAAUGAAUAUUUGCACAAAAGAAAGCCCAUUUUAAUUGCAAGCAAAACUACUUCUAGUCAAUCCCCUUAUAAGCAUUUUGGAUACACCAGCUCACAAUUACCCAACUUACCUGUGAGAUCGCCUGUUUUAGAAAUUGAGCGAGUUCUUCCUCGUAGACCUCCGAAGAAUGAUCCAUUACCCGAUUCCAAUUAUGAAAUAUUCCAUCGUAAGAUGAGAAGAAAUGAGAAGCAAAUGACAAACGAAGAAAAGAUCAAAAACUUAUGGGAAUUGGAUACACUACAGUCACAUUUAGAGGAUCUUAAUCAGUUACAUUGGUUCAAAGCACUCCCAAACAUAACAUCGAUCAAGGAUGUCAAAGAUUACCAAGAGAUGGAAAGAAAGCGUGACCUAACAAUUACUGAAAUCGAAAGAUUGUUAAGAAAACACGAUCUUUGGAGAAGACGACAGGAUAUAUUUAAUACUGAUGUGAAGAGUCAUGUUGACUAUGGCGAUGACGAAUCUGAUCCCGAAUAUGAGAUCCCUAUUCAACAAUUGAGACAGCAUCGAGAAUGGGAAAGACGACAAAGAAUUGGACCUAUUGUUAGGCUCAAUCUUAAUGACAAAUACUGCUUGGUUAUUGAUCCUCUUGCUCCACCGGAAAUCGUAGAUAGAAAUUCACAGGAUAGUUCGAUGCGAAACCUAAGAAGCCAGAUAUACAAGGAGGACCCGGAAAUAGUAAAAGAAACAACAAAUCAACACGAUGCGCAGGUGAAGGAAGAAGAAAAAGAAGAGGAAAGGAAAGAAGAAGAAAUCACAUCCGACUUUGAAGACUCUGAAGGGUUUGAUGAACCUAUAGAGGAACGUAAACAGAAAAGACCAAGGAUCACUUCCAAGGUUAGGUUGGAGGAUUUGGAAGAUGUAUCAGAGAUUGAUUUUAAAACAGUGGGUACAAUGCUCUUUGGUGGCGAGUUUGACGAUCUUCCUACAUUCCGUAAUGGUUAUCAAUUACCUGUAAGUUUGAAAAACUGGCUGAAUCGGAGCUAG